UCUAGCACUACUACUACUAUUAAUACUCUACUACUACUACUGCCACAAGAACUACUACUGCUGCUACUUCUGUGUUAGACAGAGAGUUUCAAUAAGUAUGAGGGCUACAAUCUCACUGCUGGUGCUGCUGUUCUUCAUGUGUUCUUCAUGUGUUCAGACAGAGAGCCAGAGCACUGGGGCUGCUGCUGCUGCUGCGGUCACUAUCCAGCUGGACGUCUCUGCUGAGCUCAGGGAACUCAGAGACAUGGUAGUGGAGCUGAGAACGACUUUGAGUUUCACACAGAAUGAGCUUCAGAACACCAAAUCUCUACAAACAGAGGUGGCCGUGCUGAAGGCCAGACUGACUGCUACUGAAACUGAAGUGCUGAAUCUGAGGAAGGAAACUGCAGCACAAGAGGCAGUGCUGACAGCAGUAAAGACCAGACCAGUGGAGAAAGAGAUCACAGAGCAACCCAAGGUGGCAUUCUCAGCAGCUCUGGGUCAAGGAUACAUAGAGUCUGGGAAAACUGAGCUGAACUUGGUCUUCACUAAAGUCAUCACCAAUGUUGGAGAGGCCUACAGUGACACAACAGGCUUCUUCACAGCUCCAGUCAGGGGAGUCUACUACUUCAGAUUCACUGUCAUGGAUACACCAUCCGCAAACCAUUUGUACAUCAAGAUGUGUAAGAAUGGAGAGCGGAUCAUGUGGUUAACAGAGUAUGAUGCACAUGGAACCCGCACCUAUGUGUCCGGUGGUUUAACUCUGCAGCUGGAGGUGGGAGAUGUAGUUAACAUGCGACUCCCUGCAGGCUACAGGCUCUAUGAUAAUGUUGAUAAUCACAGCACCUUCAGUGGCUUUCUGAUCUUUCCUCUCUGAAUGGAACACACUGCUCAACAUGAUGCUGAUGCUGACAAGUCAUAAAUAAAGUACAAAUGAUUACGAGCAAACA